UCCUUGAGUAAAUGUAGUCCUGUGCAGGGAAUUGAACCUCCUCUGGUUCGUGUAAUUCGGUCCGUCGGUGUUUGUUGGGACAGGAGGAGGAGGAGGAGGUAGUGCGUUAGGUGUGCGCCACGUUUGGAAUCCUAUUACGCACAGGCAUGGGGAGUUUAGCGCCGGGGAGGGGGGUGUCACACAUGUGUCUCUCUCCGCUCGGAGGCCUCUCAGAGACAGCACAAAUCUGCGCUUGCGGGAAGACACCUGCCUCCCUCUUGAACGUUUUUCGUAGAGCGAGCCGCAAGUAAGGUUGUGGCCUGCAGCCAUUUUCGCUGGAGUUGUAAUAAUGUUAGGCAGCGGGAAGGCAGCGGCCAGCAGCCCCAGAGAGCAGCGCAGGAAAGGGGCCGAGAAGACGAUGGACCCCAUCAGAAAGCUCGGUCUACUGGACAAUGAGGACGUACGUGUGAUGUUGCAGGGCUGCAGCAUGGUGAAAGUUCGCUCUUCAAGGUGGCAGAAGAGCCGAAACCUGCGGCUGCUAGAUGACGGACUAACCGUGUGGUGUGAAUCCACCAAGAGCUCCCGCAAAGCCAAAGCCCAGCAGUAUUUCGCAGUGACAGAAGUGGAGUGUGUGCGUGAAGGCUGCCAGUCCGAGGCGCUGCGGCAGCUGUCCGGGUCGGUGCCGGAGAACCAGUGCUUCACAGUGGUCUUCAGAGGUGCCAGGAAAAGCUUGGACCUGCUGUGCCCCUGUGAGAAAGAAGCUCGGCACUGGGUGCGAGGGCUACGCACUUUAAAGGAGCAUGUGGCCAACAUGAGUCAGAAACAAAAACUUGACCAUUGGAUCCGACGCUACCUGAAGCGAGCGGAUCAGAACCAGGACGGCAAGAUGAGCUACGAUGAGGUCAAACGUUUGCUCCAGAUGAUCAACAUUGACCUGAGUGAGCAGUAUGCCCGCUCUUUAUUCAAGAGGUGUGAUCGAUCCGGUGAUGGUCGUCUGGAUCAUAUAGAGAUUGAGGAGUUUUGCAGAGAGCUAAUGCGACGGCCCGAGCUGGACGCUGUGUUCAGACACUAUUCGAGUAAUGGGUGUGUGCUCGCCACUGCUGAGCUACGCGACUUCCUGGGAGACCAAGGAGAAGACGCCUCGUUGAAUCAUGCUCAGAGCCUCAUACUCACCUAUGAGCUCAAUGACUGGGCUCAAAAGAACCAGUUCAUGACUCAGAAUGGUUUCACUAUGUACAUGCUGUCUCUGGAGAAUGAUGUGGUUAACCCUGACCAUGCCAGAGUCUACCAGGACAUGAACUGCCCUUUGGCCCACUACUUCAUCUCCUCGUCACACAACACUUACCUAACCAAGGACCAAGUCACCAGCGCCAGCAGCACUGAGCCAUACAUAAGGGCUCUGAAUCAGGGCUGUCGCUGUGUGGAGCUUGACUGCUGGGAUGGUGAUAAAGGUGAACCUGUCAUCUACCAUGGCCACACUCUCACCUCCAAAGUGCCAUUUAAAGAGGUCAUUGAAACCAUCGCCCAGUACGCCUUCAAGGUGUCCCCAUAUCCUCUAAUCCUGUCCUUGGAGAACCACUGUUCUGUGGAGCAGCAAGCUGUCAUGGCCAAACACCUCCGCACCAUCCUAGGCAGCAAACUACUCACCAAGCCCCUCAGUGCCCAGCCACCAAAGGACUUGCCUUCUCCUGAAGAGCUGAAGGGGCGUAUCCUGGUAAAAGGGAAGAAGCUGAUUCCUCACUUGGGCCAGCUGGGAAAGGCUGGCAGCUGUGCCAGCUUCUCUUCAAGCUCUGAAGAAGAACCAGCAAGCAGCAAUAAGAACACCCCCAAGAAGGAUCCUGCAAAGGUAUGUUCUAAACUGAGCCCAGAGCUAUCAGAGCUGGUGGUGUACUGCAGAAGUGUCCCAUUUCGUGGGUUUGAAAAUGCAUCCGAAAAACCCCCAACUGAAAUGUCCUCCUUCUCUGAAAAUGAGGCUCUCAAGCUCAUCAAAGACUCGGGAAAGCUUUUUGUGAGACACAACAGCAGGCAGCUGAGCCGGAUUUACCCGUCUGGCCAGCGCCUCCAAUCAUCCAACUAUGAUCCUCAGGAAAUGUGGAACGGUGGCUGCCAGAUGGUGGCUUUGAACUUCCAAACACCCGGGGAGCAAAUGGACCUGAACCAGGGUCGCUUCCUCCACAAUGGUCGCUGUGGAUACGUUCUCAAACCGGGCUUCCUGUGCAGCCCCACUUCCGACUUUGACCCAGAGAAUACGGGAGGAGGCCCCGGACAUAUCCCCACCCAGCUGACAAUACGAAUAAUAUCUGCACAGCAGCUGCCAAAAAUCAACACAGAAAAGGCUAGCUCCAUAGUGGACCCACAAGUGUGGGUGGAAAUUCAUGGGGUGGCUAUUGAUAAAGCAAGAGACAAAACACAGCGCAUUGACAACAAUGGUUUUAACCCACGAUGGGACUGCACUCUGAGCUUCCAGCUACAGGUCCCUGAAUUGGCCCUGGUGCGGUUUGUAGUGGAGGACCAUGAUCACACUGCCAAAAAUGACUUUGUGGGGCAGUUCACUUUACCUUUCAUGAGCCUACGGACAGGUUAUCGACAUGUUCAUUUAUUGAAGGCAGAUGGUUCCAGUCUGUCCCCCAGCACACUCUUCAUCCAUGUCAAAGUGACCCUCAAAGGAGUUCCCAUUAAAACUGUGUCCGAGCGUAUAGCCAUUGCCAAACGCAAGGCAUGAUGUGCAUCUGAACUAGAUGGAAAGCUGCAUUUUCUGACAACAAAAGGCUUUGGAAAAGGAGCUCUGAAUGUGAGCAGAGAGAGACUGCUGCUGUUGCUGCCAGCCGGUCUCAGAGUCCAGACCUCAAGUGGUCCAAUUUACACUUCCCAAUGCAGAAGGAAAGAUGUCGUUUAUCAGAGAUGAAGAAGCAUGCUGGCUCUUAGCAAAUGAAUUGCCUCAGGCUGGAUAAUCAAUCCAUGAUACUCUGUGAGAGUAUCUGGUCUUGUCAGUGCUGAGUGCUCUAGGAGUAGGACACUGAGGAUUGGGGUUCAUGAAAUACCCCAAUAUGGGACUCGUUACAAAAUGAAUUUAAAUGUUAACUCUCAUGUGUAGGUGGAUACUCCAUAAUUUUUUAGACUGAGUGAAGAUGUGUUAACUCUCCUUUUGUAUUUUUUGUUUUAGAAUUAUUUUAAUUUUUUUGUUACACUUAUUUGGCUUAACCUUAAAGAAUGAGGAUAGUUUAACAAGAAACAGCACUUACUUAUCUUAUAAGUGCUGUAAGUGGAAAUCCAAGCAUGUCAUUAAAAAGAUAAAUAUAUUGUUUUAUGAAUUGUUUCAACUCUAACUGUGAUGUAAUACAGAUGAUUGACGAUGACAAUGAUUGUCAUUGGUUAUUUGAACAAAUUAUGAAAUUGCUAAUUCCAUUUUACUUGAUACUUCAGAUACUUGGCACUUUUAAUUGUAUGAUGAUAUAUUUCCACAACUUACGAAUGACAUUGAAACAUAAACAGUAAUAACUUGAACUUAACUUUCUUAAAAAUGUCAGUUGUUUUAAAAAUGUCAUAAUUAUUUAUGUUGAAAAUUCUUAUCCUUAGGUUCAGAGCUGGGAAAUUGUGGUUGAACACUAAUUACAACAUUCUAACACAACCACCAAUUACUUUUGGCUACAGUGAAUAAUUUAAUACUCUCAUAAAGAGCUUCCCUGAUAAUACAAUGAUGCAGUAAUGAAAGAUGCUGCAUUUGGAUUACUGUAAUUACAGUUUAGAAGAUCAGGUUGAGUUUCAACAGCGUGAGACAAAUGGUGAAGUAUACGACUUGCAGUGUUAAAGCUUAAAGCUUAUUUUGUGUAAAUGGCAGCUGGUAUUAUGUAUGCAAGAGAGAAUACUGUUUCCAUAAAAGCUCUUAUAACACA